GUGUGUGUGUGUGAGAGAGAGAGUGUGUGUGUGUUUGGCAAGAGUAGGAUAACAGAGGUUGGACAGCAGUCAACAUUACAAAUGUAAGAGGAGGAAAAUCAAGAGGAUAGCAGGAUAGCCACCAUUCUGGACAACACAUCACGGCAUCUUGUGCCACCAGGCUGCAGGUGGGCAGGAGUGUCAGACCAGGUGUUCAGAUGAGGGAGUGGAGUACUGAAGCGGAGAUGGCCAUGUCAACCGGCGGCUACCUGCCCUCCGACGGCUACAGCAUCUCAGAACCCCUUCAGUACUACGAUGUUCUGGUAGACCCGUACUCUUUCCAGGAGUCUGAGUUCCAGGCCUUUCCCUUCAGCCAGCAGCAGUACAACCCCGUCAACGUCCAGUUCUCUGUCUACGGACCCCCGGCCACGCAACCGUGUAGCAUCCCUUACCCGUGCGGAGCCCAGGGCCCAGACUUCCACUAUGACCCAGACCUGGAGGAGGUGCCUGCCCAGGGACGGGCCAUGCUGGCUGGGCACCCACUGAUGAAGAGGCCCCGGCUGGGUCCUGGUGGCCGGGUCAGGGGCCAGGAUGAGCUGUGUGUGGUGUGUGGAGACAAGGCCUCGGGGUACCACUACAACGCCCUGACUUGUGAGGGGUGCAAAGGUUUCUUCAGGCGCAGCGUGACUAAGAAGGCGGUGUACCGCUGCAAGAGUGGUGGGGCUUGUGAGAUGGACAUGUACAUGAGGAGGAAGUGCCAGGACUGCCGACUCAGGAAGUGCAGAGCAGUGGGCAUGCUGGCCGAGUGCCUGCUGACGGAGGUGCAGUGCCAGUCUAAACGCCUGAAGAAGGGCAGCAAGCACAAAGACAGAGGAGGAGGAGCAGGAGGAGGAGGAGGAGGAGGGGGAGGUCUUGGCUGCAGCCCCUCAGUAGAGGAUGAAGACAGCACUGAGGGACGCACCGUCUCCUCCACCAGCAGACUAGCACCACGGGUCCCCCCUGGGUUGUCAAGGGAUCAGAAGUGUAUACUAGACAGAAUUGUGGAGUCCCAUCGGCGAUAUAGGAUGCAGGAUAACGUGCAAUAUAGGGUGUCAGAGUGGCUGGUGGAGGGACAUGGGGACAAAAUAAGCGACCUGACCUCCUCCCAGUGUCAGAGGCUGCUCCACUUCCUCAAAAGUGUGCCUGGGUUUGAGUUCCUGGACUGUGUGGACCAGAGCACUCUCCUCUCGGGGGCAUCUGUAGAAGUCAUGUUCCUACUCUCCUCACAGCAGUUCACAGAGAACCCUUCUGCCUUUAACACAGCACUUUAUCCAGUCAACAUGAGCAUCUCAAAUCCUAGUUGGAUGAAAGCCAUAGAGUUGAAGAACAGCAAUAACCAUACCGAGGACAUUUCAGGGUCAGGUGAGGAUCUGCUCUCCCCAGUGCUAAACUUCUUCCACAGCAUGGCCUCUCUAGCAGUGACGGAGGCGGAGUACGCACUACUCACCGCCACAGCCAUCCUCUGCUCAGACAGGCCGCUGCUGCGGGCGGUGGAGCGGGUGGAGAGCCUCCAGGAGCAGGUGCUAGACCUCCUGUCCCGCCUCUGCUCCAACCAGAGCCCAGGUCCUAGCCCCGGGCGUGAGCGCGAGCCCCGACCCCGCCGCUUCGCACGGCUCCUGGGGAGGCUGACGGAGCUGAGGACCCUCUGCCACAACCACCUGACCAUGCUGCACCAACACCAGCAGGCCUGGCACAACACCACCAUGCACCACUGAGGAGGGGGGAGAGAGAGAGAGAGAGAGAGAGAGAGAGAGAGAGAGAGAGAGAGAGAGAGAGAGAGAGAGAGAGAGAGAGAGAGAGAGAGAGAGAGAGAGAGAAGGGCACGAGGGAGAGAGAAAUACAAACAUAAAAAUAGAAAGGGGACAGGAAGAAAGGAGAGACAGGGAAAAGAAAAUGCAAACAGGGACAAGGCCAGGGUCACACAAAAAGAGGGAAAGAGACUGAAAAACAAAAAGAAUGGGAGAGACAGUACCUGGGAUGGGGUAAACAGAAGGAAAGAGACAAAAAAGAAUGGGUGAUAAGGUCAGGGAAACAGAAAAUGGUUUGUUUAGGAGUAAUUGGGGGAAAAAAUAGAGAAUCUUUCCUGUUUUCUUCUGAAUAACAACUAGGUUCUUUGUGUGUACUGUAAAUAGCAAAAAUCCACAUCCAUUUCAAACAUAUUCUUUUGAGUAUAAUAUUAAGUGUUCUUAACAGGCAGUUUAGCAGGCAUGUUUUUUAUUUUAUUUUGUUGAGUAUGCAAAAAUAAAAGUUAUUUUU